UGCAUCUCGUGAGAUCAACAACACGUAGUAACGUGUCCUUCGCGUCCAGUAUGGCAGAAAAUGUGCCGCCGCCGCCACAGUCUGCACCGGCGAGCGCAGAUCAACCUGGACGGCCAUACUACGAAUCAUUGCGAUCCACCCUCCGCCAGACCCUCGAGAAGAAGCGCAAGCUGGACGAGAAGCUGGCCAUCAUCGAGGACAAUAUCUAUAAGCUGGAAGGCACUUAUCUGGAGGAGACUGCGCACUCGGGCAACAUCGUCCGCGGCUUUGACGGCUGGGUCAAGGGCGUCCAGAUUGGCAGUCGCAGCGCCGUCGAGGGCGCGCGACGAGGCGGCCGAGUGCGCGAUGAGGACCGCGUGUUCAGUCGGAGCAGCGUGAGCUGGAUGCGUCAACAAGAAGGACCCGACAGCGGUACGCCCUCGCACGCCCCAACGCCGACGGGUGCAUUCCCACCGCCGCUCUCCGCGCGCGAGAGUAACGCGAGCACUCCUGGCGUAAGCUCGGGCAAAACUCAAGGCAACAAUAAAAAGAAGCGAGUGAAUGACAAGGAUGAGGAGGACGACCAUAAGCCUUCGAAGCGUCACAAGAUUUCCUACGGGCGAGAGCGCGACUAGCGGGCCACCAUGGUGGAUUUGAAGCUUCCGAGUCAAAGAAGAGAGCAGUAAUCAUGAGCGAGGCGUUGCGGAGUAUACAAUGAUACCCACUGCUUAGACUGGAUUGAAGGGCGUGGUUGUCCGGCGUCGACAUACGUUUUGCUAAUCAGAGCAGGGGCAGCAAUUGCAAGUGUCCAGAUAUCCCGCUCUCGAUUGGUGACUGGGCUCACCAUGCUAUGCACCGCACUUCACAAGAGCAAGCAAAGGCGGAUCCGGCUGCGCACGCUAUCGAAGAAGUUGGACAGGCCCGGUCCCUCCAUUGAGCUCGUGGCGGCGCCAUAACAUGGCUAGAGCACAAUCUGUGACAGCAGAUGAUGCCUGGCCUGACACAUCGAAGGAUCCUGUCAACAUUAAUACCACAACAGCAUCGCGACCAUGUCUUGGACAACACUUGCAGCGAUUGACGAUACAGUUGUCGUCGCCAUUCAUCAGAAAUCUAGCGAUAUAUAGGGACCUGGACGGAACGUGAACUGCUCAUGCCACGUGCUAAGCACGAACCAUGCAGCAAAUCAGUUUCGUCAGUCAGACCAAGCUUUUGAGAACGAGUGCCCCGAAGGCUAGCAACGAUCGCCUUAUUACCAUCGGGACAACAACUUCGUAAGGUAACUUACCUGUACCUUGCAAAUGCACUUUCACUCGGUUCGAUGUGGAGGCCAGAGCUGAGGCGUCGUCCAGCCUGCACAUGUCGGCAGCCGGGGCACAAAAUCAAGGUCACCAAGUUGGCCAACAUCAAUCUCGUCACGGCGGCUUCUGUCUAGGCUACGGCACAGGUGAUCGCAUGGUCGAUCUGUCAACGCCAAGGGAGGAAAAGCAACAACCCAUGACUCGUGCUAGCCAGAUCAAGCAGGAGCUUAAGAAGCUUCACCAAAUCUUAUCUCUUUCAAGCUAAAAAGCGCAGCCACACCGAACCACUCUACAGGCACCUACAAUCCACUCCCGAGCCUGGACUGUCAGGUGCCACUGUAAUUACUAGCCAAUGAAUGCUUCUAUUCAGGUACUGUUCUGAUUGCGAUGCUAGACUC